AUGAAGAACUUUGCAACUCUCGCAGCUUUCGCUGCUGGAGGAAAUGCCCUCGUCAGCCGCGCCGACUCAUGUUGCUUCCACCUGACUGCUUCGGGCGCCGCAUCUGGCACGGUAGGCCAACUUGGUGAUGGCCAGAAUCGCCUCGGUGGUGGUCUUUCUGCAGCCUCGUUCUGCAUCGAUUCGAACGGUGCGAUUACUGACAGCAGCGGACGUGGUUGUGUCGUGACCAGUUCUGUGACCCAGUUCCAGUGUGAAUUGGGUUCUACCGCCCAGACUGGCUUCUCAAUUUCGUCCGGCGGUCAGCUGGAGUACCAGGGCGACUCUACCUUUGUGGCAUGCCAGACGGGUGACAACGGUGAAUUGAACAUCUAUACCACUGAGAGCUCCUCGGUGACUGGUUGCUCGAGCAUCACGCUGGCCGCCGACUCUUGCUCGGGUUCCGGUGCUGGUGCUGGUGGUGGCGGCGGCACAGCUACGGCAGUUGGAACUCAGCCCGCAGGCACUCCGCCCGCCGGGACUGCACCUAGUGGAACUCAGCCCGCAGGCACUUCGCCCGCCGGUACUCCGCCCGCCGGAACUGCACCUGGUGGAACUCAACCUGCAGGCACCAAGCCCGCAGGCACUUCGCCCGCUGGUACUCAGCCUGCCGGUACUAAAUCCACCGGAACCCAGCCUGCGAGCACUCAACCUGCUCCCUCAGGAACAUCCGGAGGCGCCAGCAGUACUCAACCAUCAGCUUCCGCUACUCGGUCAGGCGCUGCCAGCUGCCCAACUGAUCUGUCUGGUGACUAUGAGUAUCCUCAUCUCAUUGUUCCUGUCAACUCCUCCACCCCUGAUACCGCCUAUGGCUCUCAGCUCUUCGGCACCGUUUCGUCCACAGUGUCGACCAUCUUCAAUUUUGAUAUCCCAUCUUCUGACUCCGGCAAGACAUGCAGCCUCAUCUUCUUGUUCCCUAACAAGGAGGACCUCGAGACCUCUGAUUACACCUUCAGUGGUGACGGCAAGGUUGACUUCUCUCAGCUGACGUCUGCUGCUGGGUUAAAGACCACUUAUAACACCGCUCCGUCGGUCAAACAGGACUAUGGAGAAAUCACCAUUUCACCCGGAAAUUCCUACCUGGUUGCCUCUUUCUCGUGCCCGGCUGGUCAAACCGUGGGUUAUGAAAUGAAGGGAACCGGUAACACCUACCUCAACUUCUUCGAGGACUAUAACCCAUCUCCUGUCUGUAUUGCAGGGUUCUAUGCUCUCGACUCCAUUGAACCCUACCACCAACAUUUCUCGCUACGAAAUAUCUCCAUCCAGUAUCCAUAUGCCGUUCACGAGCGUAUCACGAUACAGGAAGCUCUCUGUAUCUCUGGAGUGGCGCCUCUAGUCAUCAUUGCCGUCUAUACCCUUCUUAUAGAUGGUCUCUUCUCCCACAACAAACCACAGGAUCCAGUAUCCGGCAAACGGAAAUUCUCAGGCCCGUAUCGGUGGAAGGAUCGACUAUGGGAGUUUAACUGUGGGAUACUGGGGCUCCUGCUCUCUCAGGGGCUGACGUUCGUCAUCACGCAAGCAUUGAAGAACGCCUGUGGCAAGCCUCGGCCCGAUUUUAUUGAUCGGUGCCAGCCUCGCGCAGGAAGCCAGGAUGCAAUCCCAGGCUUGUCUAACUCUACCAUCUGCACGGGCGAACAUGCGCUCAUCAAAGACGGCUUCCGUUCAUGGCCAUCAGCGUCGUUUGCUGGCUUGUUCUACCUGACGCUCUGGAUGAGUGGCAAACUGCAUAUAAUGGACAACAAAGGUGAGGUCUGGAAAGCACUCUUGGUCAUGAUACCAAGCCUGGGUGCUACUCUCGUUGCGGUGAGUCGGAUUAUGGAUGCGAGACACCACCCCUUCGACGUCAUCACUGGAUCGCUUCUUGGGAUCCUCUGCGCCGUUAUCUCCUAUCAUCAGUAUUUCCCACCUCUUUCGCAGCCUUGGAAGAAAGGUCGCGCGCAUCCGAUCCGCAGCUGGGGGACCGAGCCGCUACCCCCAUCGAAUCCAUUGAACAUGGUGAGGUUCGAAGAUAGUACUGCCGCGCUCCGUCACCCGGCAGAAGACAGCCAGGCAAAGCCGAUGGUCGGUGCAGACAAUGGCGCGGCUUAUAUCCCCACAUCCAAUCCCUACGCUACAAAUAUGUACACUCGUCGAUCACAAGAUGAGGACGGGAAUUGGUCCUCAUCUAGCGAGGACGUUCACGCAAAUGGCUAUGAGAUGCAGUCUGGGUAUGCUCGAGCACGCAACCCAGGACUGAAUGGAUCGAUUCCACAAUACGAGAAAGUCAUGAUUAUAUCGCUGACGCUGACUGACUCUCUCUUCGCCUCGGAUACUUACUCCAAUGAUAAUCGAUCGAGUAAUUGA